AUGGCGUCAACAACAUCAGCAUCCACCACUACCGAAGGUCUGGCAGGCCACAUCGACCUCGCAGUAUUUCCUGAUGGACUGAAAACCUCUGGACAACAUGCCCCUAUGGCUUCGCAAGUGCGGCCCUACACCACGUUCCCCAAAGUUCAGAGCGGGCCAACUGUCUGGAAAGCAGAGGACUUUUGUGAACACCGCGAGCGUUGGACCCAUACGUUUACGCCUGAGGAGAUUGAGGAGUUGAGUAAUGCGACCGACAAUUUUAUUAAAGAAAAUCUUCCUCUGACAGGGAUCUCGCAGACAAACUUCGCAUUACCUAGACUCGCCGAGCGGCUGCGGGCACUAAAGAAAGAAUUGUUAGACGGAAAGGGAUUUUAUCUCUUCAAAGGCAUUCCAGUUCGAGACUGGGAUCUCCGUAAAUGCGCAACGGCCUACAUGGGUCUGGGAACGUACAUCGGGUACUUUACUAGUCAAAAUGGUCGCGGCCAUGUUCUAGGCCACGUCAAAGAUUUGGGGGAGGACCCAACCAAGACUGACCGGGUGCGCAUCUAUCGUACCAAUGCGCGUCAAUAUUUCCACACCGAUGGGACCGAUAUUGUAGGCCUUCUUUGCAUUGCGAAAGCGCUUUCAGGUGGUGAAUCGGACAUUGUCUCUACCCAUCAGAUUUUCAAUAUACUUCAAGAGAAACAUCCAGACGUGGUUGAAACUCUGGUCGAGCCAAAUUGGUACUUCGAUCGCAAGGGAGAGGUCUCAGAAGGGCAGGACCCUUGGAUUCGCGGUAGCAUCUUCUACCUGGAGAAUGAGCGUGCCGGGGACAAGGCUCGUGUCUACGCGAGAUACGACCCAAUGAAUGUGACUUCGUUAUCACGAUUCAACACAGGCCCAGACGCGCGUAUCCCACCUCUGUCUGAGAAGCAAAAACACGCCAUGGAAGUUUUCGAAAGGACCUGUGAGGAAAACGCUCUGCACAUGAUCCUUGACCCUGGUGAUAUUCAAUUUGUGAGCAACUCGCAGGUCUUCCACGCAAGAACUGCAUACACAGAUCAUGCACCUGACGCCAAAGACGAGGAUGGACGUCCUGCCAAGCGACGGCAUCUGAUGCGACUCUGGCUAUCUGUGCCAGAGUCGGAAGGGGGCUGGAAACUCCCCUAUCCGGACACUUUGGAGAAGAAGCGGGGUGGAAUCCAGGUUAACGACCAGGCUCCUGUCUGUCCCCUUGACGCCGAGUGA